GCACGCGUGAGUAAACUGCCCGAGUCGCCAAAGUCAGGCUUUGGCAGCCUGCAAGUGCAGCGGCGCAGUGGCGGAGAGGACGCUGUCCUGAACAUUGGUGGCCGACAUGACGGCCCCAGGUCCGAGCCCUCUCGCGCCGCUGUUGGAGACACUGGAAGACUCUUCCGCCUCCCUGGGCGAGCAGACGGAUGCCUACCUAACUUUGACCAGUCGGAUGACUGGAGAAGAAGGAAAAGAAGUCAUCAUAGAAAUUGAGAAAAAUCUUCCUCGGCUGUACAAAGUUUUAAAGAGUCAUAUUUCCAGUCAAAACUCAGAACUGUGUAGUGCUGCUCUACAGGCCUUGGGGUUUUGCUUAUAUAAUCCCAAAAUUACUUCAGGAUUAUCAGAGGCAAAUAUUCAAGAAUUGCUUUCAAAAUUGAAUAAUAUUGUUAAGAAUUCAGACAAAAAUGUAUGCACCAGGGCACUUUGGGUAAUAUCCAAACAGACGUUCCCCACUGAAGUUGUUGGAAAAGUGGUAUCCAGUAUAAUUGACUCAUUAGAAAUAGUAUUUAAUAAAGGAGAGAUACAUUCUGCCGUUGUUGAUUUUGAAGCAUUAAAUGUUAUCAUAAGGCUAAUUGAACAAGCUCCAGUUCAAAUGGGAGAAGAGUCAGUGAGAUGGGCAAAAUUGGUCAUACCUUUAGUGGCUCAUUCAGCACAGAAGGUUCAUUUGAGGGGAGCCACUGCUCUGGAGAUGGGAAUGCCAUUGUUGCUUCAGAAACAACAAGAAAUAGCAUCUAUUACAGAGCAGCUUAUGACUACUAAAUUAAUUUCAGAACUCCAAAAGCUAUUUAUGAGUAAAAAUGAGACCUACGUGUUAAAAUUGUGGCCUUUGUUUGUCAAACUUCUUGGAAAGACUUUGCAUCGAAGUGGAAGUUUCAUCAAUUCUUUGUUACAUUUGGAGGAACUGGGAUUUCGUAGCGGAACACCCAUGAUUAAAAAAAUAGCUUUUAUUGCAUGGAAGAGCUUAAUAGAUAAUUUUGCCUUAAAUCCAGAUAUUCUGUGUAGUGCAAAAAGACUCAAGUUGUUAAUGCAGCCUUUGAGUUCCAUCCAUGUGAGAACAGAAACUCUAGCAUUAACAAAGCUAGAAGUCUGGUGGUAUUUACUGAUGAGACUUGGACCUCAUCUCCCUGCAAAUUUUGAACAGGUUUGUGUUCCUCUGAUUCAGAGUACAAUUAGCACUGAUUCUUGUGUCUUACCUCAAGGCAAUUCAUCUCGUAUAGCUACUUCUCCAGGUUUAAGUCCUAUGACUCCUGUACACAAAGGUGCUUCCCCCUAUGGAGUUCCUGGAACUCCACGCAUGAACAUGAGUUCAAAUUUAGGUGGAAUGGCCACAAUCCCUUCCAUUCAACUUUUGGGACUUGAAAUGUUGCUUCAUUUUUUGAUGGGUCCAGAAGUAUUGAGUUUUGCUAAGCAGCACAAACUUGUGUUGAGCUUAGAGCCACUUGAACAUCCAUUAAUCAGCAGCCCUUCAUUUUUUUCCAAGCACGCACAUACACUUAUUACUGCCGUACAUGAUAGCUUUCUUGCAGUUGGAAAGGAUGCUUCUGAUGCAGUUGUCAGUGCUGUCUGGAAGGAGCUAAUUAGCUUGGUGAAAUCAGUUACUGAAUCAGGUAACAGAAAAGAAAGAUCAGGGUCUGAAGUUCUGACCCUCCUACUAAAAUCUUUGGAAAGUAUAGUAAAGUCAGAAGUAUAUCCUGUGUCAAAAACAUUGGUCCUCAUGGAAAUUACAAUUCAAGGACUUCCUCAGAAAGUAUUAGGUUCACCAGCAUAUCAGGUUGCUAAUAUGGAUAUUCUUAAUGGAACUCCAGCUUUGUUCUUAAUUCAGUUAAUUUUCAACAAUAAUCUCCUGGAAUGUGUAGCAGAUGAAAGGUUUUUUCUCAAUCUUGAAACACUUGUAGGUUAUGUGCUUUCUGGUCCAACUUCACCAUUAGCGUUUAGUGACUCAGUAUUAAAUGUUAUUAAUCAAAAUGCAAAGGAAUUGGAAAACAAGGAGCAUCUCUGGAGAAUGUGGAGUAUUAUAGUCACGCCAUUAACUGAAAUGAUUAAUCAGACCAAUGAAGUGAAUCAAGGUGAUGCAUUAGAACAUAAUUUUAGUGCCAUCUAUGGUGCACUUACUUUGCCAAUCAACCAUAUUUUUUCAAUACAGAAAUUUCCUCUGGCUACCAUGAAGACUUUACUUAGAAGUUGGUCAGAAUUAUAUAGAGCAUUUGCUCGCUGUGCUGCCUUGGUGGCAACAGCAGAAGAGAAUUUGUGCUGUGAAGAACUUUCUUCCAAGAUAAUGUCCAGUUUGGAAGAUGAAUCGCUUUCAAAUUUGUUGUACUUGGACAGGAUUGUUCAUAUUAUUACUGUAAUGGUUGAUUGCAUCGAUUUUUCACCAUAUAAUAUUAAAUAUCAGCCCAACGUUAAAUCACCACAGAGAUCUUCAGAUUGGUCCAAAAAGAAGAAGGAGCCCCUAGGGAAAUUGGCUUCUUUAUUUAAACUUAUUGUGAAAGUGAUCUAUUCUUUCCACACUCUGAGCUUCAAAGAAGUAUAUUCUGAUACUCUACUUGCUAUUGGCACCUCGAUCACCAAUAUGCUUUCCAAUGUUUUUGGACAUAUUUCUCUGCCAUCUAUGAUCCGAAAAAUAUUUGCAACUUUAACAAGACCCCUGGCAUUAUUUUAUGAAAACUCAAAGCUUGAUGAAGUUCCAAAAGUGUACAGUUGUCUGAACAACAAGUUAGAAAAGCUCUUAGGAGAAAUUACUGCUUGUCUACAGUAUAGCUACACUGGAAUUUAUGACAGUGAACUUCUUGAACAGCUUUCUCCACUGCUCUGUAUAAUAUUUUUGCACAAGAAUAAACAGAUUCGAAAACAAAGUGCUCAGUUCUGGAAUGCCACAUUUGCUAAAGUGACGAUGUUGACUUACCCUGAGGAAUUAAAACCAGUACUAAGACAAGCCAAACAGACACUUUUACUUCUCUUGCCUGGUUUGGAAAGUGUUGAAAUCAUGGAGGAAUCCAGUGGACCAUAUUCAGAAGUAAUGGAAAACUCACAAUUAAAUGUGAAGAUAAGUGGUAUGGAAAGAAAAUCAAGUGGAAAAAGAGAUUCCUUUUUGACACAAACAAAGGAUAAGAAAGAAAAUGUGAAACCAUCAGUCAAACUAAAAUUAGAAUCUUCAUCUCCAAAAGUAAAGAGUGAAAUGCUGUUGGAAGAGGAAAAGUCAGAAGAUUUUGUGUUUAUUCCUCCAGAAGAAAAAGAAGCAAAGGAAAGAGUAUUAACUGAACAUCAAAAAGAAGUACUCAAAACAAAACGGUGUGAUAUUCCUGCCAUGUAUAAUAAUCUGGAUGUUUCACAAGAUACCUUAUUUUCUAGUCAUUAUAGUCAGGAAGAGUCUGUGGAAACACCUAAUUCAAGUGAAAAACCAAUGGAAGAUUCUGAGAUGAUAAUUAAGGAAAAGCAAAUGCAGCAUGACAGUGUUAUUCCUCAAGAUACCAAGGAAAACUGUGGUAUGAAUGAACAUCUUGAAAAGGCUUCUGUUUCAAAUAAUGGAUGUAGUUCUGUUGAGGAAACCAAUCCAGAAGUAUUAAUGACCAGUAGUAAUGAUGUCGGAAAAAUCACCUUAACUUCAUCAAAGAAAGCUUCAGCUGAAUGUAUACCUAAUGCAGAAAGUUCAUUUGUUGUCAACAGCUCAGUUUCUAAUUCCUCUAUUUCUGGAACUCCCCCUCAGCCCACAAGUCGAAGGCAAACCUUUAUUACGUUAGAAAAGUUUGAUGGUUCAGAAAAUAGACCUUUCAGCCCGUCCCCCUUAAAUAGUAUAUCAUCAGUUGUUACAGUGAAAAAUAACCAGGAAAACAUGACUAAAACAGAUACUACUUUAAAAACAAAGAAAAGAGAAGUGACUCGAUCAAAAUCUGAUUCAGAGAAAGUGGUGAAUGGAGUUAAGAGAUCAAGCCGGAGAUCUAGUAAAGCUGAGCAGUCUGGGAAUAAAAAGUCUAAGCCCUUAAUGAAAUCUGAAGAGGAGAAAAAUACUCAGGAAUCUACCGAAGACAUGAUAGCCUUAGAAAAUAACCCACCUAGUUUGCUUAACCAAACAGAAUGUGUGCAGAAUAAUCAGGGUCAUCUUUCUGAACCUACAGUGGAGUAUGAAGACACAAAGCCUAAAUCAACAAUAGAAAAUGAUGUAGUGUUGGAAAAUAAUAGUGUGGAAGAGAAAAAUGGAGAGGUUAAUUUGGAAUCCAAAGAAAAUACACCCCCAGUCAUAAUACCAGCAGAUCAAAUGGUAAAUGAAGAGAAUCAGGUUCAGAUAACUUCAAACCAAAAAACCCUUAGACGAUCUUCAAGGCGACGUUCAGAAAUAAUAGAGUCAAACACUGAUAGCCAAGAUAAAGAAAAUAGUCACCAAAAAAAGGAAAGACGUAAGGAAGAAGAAAAAUCUCUUCAAAAGAGUCCAUUGCAUGUAAAAGAUGAUGUGUUACCUAGGCAAAAACUGACUUCUGAACAUGCAGUACAGGAAAAUUUAGUUGAGAAAGGAAAUAAUUUACAUGAGAAAACUUUGGGGGAAACCAGUGCUAAUGCUGAAAUUGACCAAAAUAAAAGAAAACCAGACCUUGAGAAUAUUAGUUCUGAAGCAGAUAGUGCCCAGGACAUUGCUGAUAAGUCCUCUGAGAAACCUUUAAGGGGACGAACGCGUUAUCAAACAAGAAGAGCAUCUCAGGGUUUGCUUUUCAGCAUUGAGAACUCAGAAUCUGAUAGUUCUGAGGCAAAAGAAGAAGGAUCAAGGAAGAAGAGAUCUGGAAAGUGGAAAAACAAAAGUAAUGAUAGUGUUGACAUGGAAGAACAAGAAGAAAAAAUGGUACAAGAGUGUAUAAAAGUUGAAAAUCAGACACCUGAGUCUAAAGCAAUUUCUGAAGUAGAUAUGAAAUCUCAGAUUUGUGAAACAGGUGAAAGUACUGUGAUAAUACCUCAAGAAUCUAAAAUAUCUUCAGAUUUGUUGCAAGUUUCUGAUGAUGUACCAAAUACACAUGAAGGAAAAAGUAAGACUAGCAAAUGCACAGAAAAUUCCUUUACAUGGCCACCUGUGCCAGAAUCAAAUCUAAGGACUAGAAAUGCCAAUAAAAGGUUACAUAAGGGAGAUUCAGAUAGUGUGGGAGAGUGUUCAAAAGUGGGGCCAUCAAGCAUUGCCCUGCUUUCUGAAAAAAGUAUUCAAAUUGUUGAAUGCCAGCACAAGAGAAGUAGGAGGGUCAGGCGAUCUAAAGGUUGUGACUGCUGUAGGGAAAAAUCACAGCCCCAGGAAAAUUCAUUUAUUGGGUUAAGGAACAUAGAAAAUGAUGAUGAAAAGAAUAGUGAAACAAAAGCAGAUGUGCAGACACCUGGAACUGUAUCAAAAACUUGUGAUGCUAAUCUGCAUUCUGAAGUAAAAAUUUUAGAUGAACAUCCCAGUGUGAAUUUUGAUUUGGGUCUCAAGGAGGAGAACGAUACUAUAAAUGAUUUAGUAAUUGUACCUGCAACUGAAUUGAAAGAAAAUACUAUUGAAAAAUCUGUUCCUCCUGAAAUAGUAAAUUUUAAGGAGGACACUUGUGAUAUGGAUUCUGGUGUGGCAACGUGUCUUGAAAAUGAGGAGCCAUCUAAUAUAUUAAAAGUUGUGGGCCCAUGUGCAUGUGAUUCCAUGGACAGUUCACAGAAAUGUUCUCCUUUGGACACUAAAAAAAGGAAACAAGAGUUUUCUCCAGAAGAAGUUAACAUUGUUAAUGUUGAAGGAAAUGCAUGUAAAGCAACAGUGGGAUCAAAUCUGGAAGUAGAAGCUAUGGAAUUGGAUAUAAAAAGUGAUAAAUCUGAAACUAGCUUAGAAAAAGAUAAAUCUGAAGCUAACUUGGUUGAGAAAAAGAGUGCCAAAAUAGAUAUUUCUGAAGAAAUGGUAGCAGAGGGAAAUACUAAAAGUGGCAUACCUGAAGCAGAUAAAGCUGAAGAAGUCAAUGCUGAAGAAUUGAAUGCUGAAGCAGCUGCAGCACAGGAAUAUAACUCAGGUACUGGUCUUUCUGAUAAUACCACACCUAUAAAUGUGAAUCCUCAGAUGGAGAUUUCUGAACAAAAAGCAAAUGGGAAAUUGGGUGGAGGAAGUAAUGAAUCUGAUCUAAGCUCACUUGAAGAAAUCAAUUCUGAAAUUGAAAAUUAUGAAAAGACAGUGACUGAGCAGGUGAAUUCUGAAACUGACAGUGUCGAGGAAACAAAGGACAGGGACAGGACUACCAAAACCUCUAAGCCAGAAGAAGCUCAAACAGAAAGUUUGAAUGUAGAAACUGACAACUUUAUUCCUGACACACUUGAAAUGAACACUGAAGAAGGAAAGAUUGAAUGUAAUAAAACUGAAACUAAUAUUGAACUUAAUAAAUCUGAAGAAAUGAAAUUAGAUGACAAUCAAGUGGUAGUAGGAAAUGAUACUUUACAGGAAGUUCAUCAUACUUCAGAGACAAUGGAGGAAACAUUACAGUCUUCGUCAUCUGAAACAGCUAUCUCUGAACUGGUAACAGAAGAUAAUAAUGCAUCUCCUCAAAAAUUAAGGGAGCUUGAUCCUUUACUUUUGUCUGCAAACGACAGUCCUAGUGGUAUGCAAACACGAUGUGUCUGGUCCCCAUUGGCUUCUCCAUCUACCAGCAUUUUAAAGAGAGGAYUGAAAAGACCCCAAGAAGAUGAGAUCUCCUCACCUGUUAAUAAGGUUCGACGUGUCUCAUUUGCAGAUCCAAUAUACCAGGCAGGAUUGGCAGAUGACAUUGAUAGGCGAUGUUCCAUUGUUAGGUCCCAUUCUUCAAGUAGUUCUCCCAUAAUGAAAAAUGUUAAAACAUCACCUACUGCACAAUCUAAGCAUAAUACCACUUCAGCUAAAGGAUUUCUGUCCCCAGGAUCACGUAGCUCUAAAUUUAAGAGCUCAAAGAAGUGUUUAAUAACAGAAAUGGCCAAAGAAUCCAUUCCUUGCCCAACAGAAAGUGUUUACCCAGCUUUGGUGAACUGUGCAGCACCAGUUGACAUUAUUUUGCCUCAGAUAACAUCAAAUAUGUGGGCAAGAGGCCUAGGACAACUUAUCAGAGCCAAGAAUAUAAAAACAAUUGGCGAUCUGAGUUCUCUUACAGCAUCUGAAAUAAAAACUCUUCCUAUCCGGUCUCCCAAAGUUUCUAAUGUAAAAAAGGCUCUUAGAGUAUAUCAUGAACAGCAGGUAAAAUCUCGUGGAUUAGAAGAGAUUCCAAUUUUUGAUAUUACUGAAAAAGCAGUAAAUGGAAUAGAAAAUAAGUCUCUCUCAACUGAUGAAGAACGACUUGCCUCAGAUUUACUUGAUCCUGUUCCCUUUGAAACUCCAUUAUCUAAAAAUCUUGUURCACAGAUUAGUGCUCUUGCUCUUCAACUGGAUGCAGAAGAUCUCCACAGUUAUUCAGGAAGCCAGCUAUUUGAAAUGCAUGAGAAACUUGGUACUAUGGCAAACUCUAUAAUAAAAAAUCUGCAGUCACGAUGGAGAUCAACAGCCCAUGAAAAUUCCAUUUAGUGUUUUAAGAGAAAUUGAAUUUUUUAAAACAUCCCCAGAUUUCUUGAUUGGUAUAUUUCAGACUUGUUUUAUCAAUCAGUUUAAAAGGGGAGACCUCAAGGUUGAUAACAUUUCAAACCUGUGAAGGGCAGUGACUUAAUAAGUUCAGUUUUAUAAGAUCAUUAAGUAAGAUUUUUUUUCCCCAUUGUUUCUUGGCUGCUAUAGUUUUUUCAAGAAAUGUUAAAUACCUUAUUUAGAUUUGAAAGCAAAAGCAGAAACAAGCAUUCAUUUUACUUCAUAUUUUUAAACUCCAUGCAUAUUUUGGUUAAACAUGUAAUGCAAAAUACUUUAAUGUUGAAAAUUUUUAUUUGAUUUUUGCUAAACUGAUAAAGGCAUUUAUAGUUUGUUUGUUUGUUUGUUUAAUUGUUCAUAUAUAUAUUGUGCCUGAGGUACAGGAAAUUUGUUUUUUGUAAAGGCCUCAAAUGGGAUGUAAAAAAACUGGGACUUUUUCCCCACAAAUGUCACCUUUGGACAAUUUCGGGAAAAAUACCAAAAGUUUUAAUUUCUUGAGGUAGAAAUAUUAUUGUAGAAUUUCUCAGAUUCCCUUCAUUUGCAUUAGCAAGUAUUUGUGCAGCUUCCUGUGAAAAUUUAUUAGACAUAGUAUUCCUUUCUAAAUGCAUGACUGUUUGUACAUUAUGUGUAGAUGACUU